AAGCCAACGAUUCCGGAUUUCGAAUUCCGGAUUUGCGUCUGCAGCUGUCAGAGCGGGAAUCUCAAUAGAAGUCAGCGCCAUGAAGCCGCCGCCGCCACACCACCAUGGACUGUCAAAAUCCGUACUCUUCACGGGACUCUAUGUCGCCUUAAUGUCAGCAGCCCUCUCGAACGCGCUCGACUGUUAUGUGUGCAGCUAUUUGGAUGGGUACAGUGACACCUCCUGCCUGAACAACCCCAGUGCAGUCACAGUGCUAAACUGCACCAAGAAGUACUGUGUGACGAUGCGGCAGGAACUGAAGCGCAACUCGAGCAAGGUGAUAUCCUUUCUACGUGACUGCCAGGACGAGCCAGUGAUGCUCUACGGAAACAGGCCAGAUGAAACGUUUCGGACUUACUACACAUCCUGCCAGCAGAACAGUUGCAAUGGACACAACGGACGGAUUAAGAACUCGACAAAUGGAACUGGAGGCGGUGGAAUUCACAAUGCCAUAGUUCCAGGAAAGAGUGCUGCCCAAGGGGCACCUUUUUGCCCAUUUCCACUGCUCGUUUGGCUUAUCCUGGCACUUUGGCAAUUGCCUUAGUAAAGGAUAGCAAAAAUCAAGAAGGAAAAGCAAUCAUUGAAUACCCUGCAAGUCAAGUAUUUUCACUACCAGUGGCUAACUUUUAAUAAAUGUUAUCUAACAAAGAAAGAAUCUUUUUCCUUGUUUUCUAAUAAAAGCAUCGAAACCGCCUUAA